CAGGUGCUGGGCUGAAUCCUGCGAACCAAGGCAGUUUUUGCAGUUGGACCUUGUGAGCGCUGCGGUGGCAGUAGACGUCCAUGCUCCCCGAGCUUCGGGAAUGUUAGUUCAGCGCCGGCCUCCUCCUUCUCCUCGGUGAAGUUUUUACUUAGCAGUUAUAAAUGGAGACGGAGUAUCUUCAAAAGAAUCUUGGGACAUGUCUAACUCAAGGGCUUGCAGAAGUGGCAAGGAUGCGGCCAGUGGAUCCAAUAGAAUAUUUGGCAUUGUGGAUUUACAAAUAUAAAGAAAAUGUGACCAGGGAGCAACUGAGACAAGAGGAAAUGGCCCAGUUGGAGCAUGAAAGACAAAUAGCUCUGAUGGAGCAGGAAAUGAUGGAGAGACUUAAAGCAGAAGAGCUCCUAUUUCAGCAGCAACAGCUGGCAUUCCAGCUGGAGUUGGAAAUGCAAGAAAAAGAGAGACAGAGAAUAGAAGAACUGCAGAGAGCUCAAGAACAAUUUGAGAGGGAAUUGAGAAUGAACAUGGAAAAUAUAGCUAAGGGUGAAGAUACCUUACAUGGAGAGGACAGAGCUGACUCAGGCAAAACACUGGCUGAAAUCAGUGAUCGUUAUGGGGCACCUAACUUGAGCAGAGUGGAAGAACUUGAUGAACCAAUGCUAUCUGAUGUUGCAUUAAACAUUGAUCAAGAUUUGUAGAAUCAACCAACCUAAGAACAAUAAAUUUUUCUUGUUUCAAAUUUCAAAGUGUGAGGUCCCCAAACGUAUUCCACCC